UCGGGGCGGGGCUUCCACACAGGUUUCCAUUUGCGCCCCAGCAGCAGAAGUCUGGAGGAGCAGCGCAGCAGCGUCCGUGAGCCGAGACGGACUGCCACAUUGUCAUCUGCUGCAAGGACGACCUAUUCUAACACUGUCCUUCACUGAACAUAGCAACAAUGCCUCCCCCGAUGCGCCACCGCUCAAUGCGUGUCUUCAUGAAUGAUGACCGCCAUGUCAUGGCCAAACACUCAGCCAUCUACCCAACUCAAGAGGAGCUGGAAAGUGUUCAGAACAUGGUGUCUUACACAGAGCGGGCCCUCAAGGCGGUCUCGGAUUGGCUUGAUAAGCAGGAGAAGGGAGUGUCUAAGCCUGAGUCAGAUGGCACAGACACAGAUAAGGAAAGUGAGCAGAAAGACCAGGCCACUCGCACUCUGCGAGGUGUAAUGAGGGUGGGUCUGGUUGCCAAAGGGCUGCUACUGAAGGGGGACCUGGACCUGGAGCUGGUGCUCCUCUGUAAGGACAAGCCUACGACCAAUCUGCUGAAGAAAGUGUCUGAGAACCUUGUUACUCAGCUCAAGCUGAUCGUAGAAGACAAAUAUGUGGUGACCCAGAACAUCCGCGAGGCGAGUAUCAUCAUCAAGAAUGCCAAGGAGCCCCCUCUCACCCUCACCAUUCACUUGACUUCCCCUUUGGUUCGUGAGGAAGUUGAGAAGGCUGCCGCCGGUGAAACGCUUUCAGUCAACGAUCCCCCGGAUGUUCUGGACAGGCAGAAAUGCCUAACUGCCUUGGCGUCUCUCCGCCACGCUAAGUGGUUCCAGGCCAGAGCUAACGGACUCCGCUCCUGUGUCAUUGUCAUCCGGAUUCUAAGGGACCUGUGCGCCCGUGUCCCCACAUGGGCUCCGCUUCGUGGUUGGCCUCUGGAGCUGAUCUGUGAGAAAGCCAUUGGUACAGGGAACCGGCCCAUGGGGGCAGGAGAAGCUCUGCGGAGAGUUUUAGAGUGUCUGGCGUCAGGAAUCCUCAUGGCAGAUGCUGCUGGAAUCUCUGACCCAUGUGAGAAGGAGUCCAAAGAUGCUAUUGGUCACUUGGACCACCAGCAGAGGGAAGACAUCACAGCAAGUGCACAACAUGCCUUAAGGUUGUCCGCUUUUGGACAGCUUCACAAAGUGCUCGGAAUGGAUCCCCUUCCCUCUAAGAUGCCCAAGAAACCUCGUAGUGAGACUCCGAUUGAUUACAUAGUGCAAAUCCCACCCAGUACGGCGUAUGCUCCACCGAUGAAGAGGCCCAUUGAGGAAGAGGAGGGAACUGAUGACAAGAGUCCCAACAAGAAGAAGAAAAAACUGCAGAAGAAAUCUCCAGAGGACAAGGCCGAGCCUCCCCAGGCCAUGAACGCUCUGAUGAGGCUCAACCAGCUGAAGCCGGGGCUCCAGUACAAACUCAUAUCCCAAACUGGCCCGGUUCACGUUCCCGUCUUCACUAUGGCUGUAGAAGUGGACGGCAAGACGUUUGAAGCUUCUGGUCCAUCCAAACGCACGGCCAAGCUGCACGUAGCUGUAAAGGUCCUGCAGUACAUGGGUCUGCCCACAGGGGUGGAGGUAAAGACUACUGAUUCAGUCAAACUAGACGAGACAGAAGCUGUUCUCAAAGUGGAAGAGUUGAAGCCAGUGGUACCGCCCAUUGAAACGCCCGCGGCUGCCACAGGAGCAGCCAGUGCAGACGCCACUGAUGCUGGAGAGACUGCUCGCCAACAGGGACCAAUCCUGACUAAACACGGCAAGAACCCCGUAAUGGAGCUCAACGAGAAGCGCCGCGGACUCAAGUACGAGCUCAUCUCAGAGACGGGCGGCAGCCACGACAAACGCUUCGUCAUGGAGGUGGAGAUCGAUGGUCAGAAGUUCCAGGGCACAGGAUCCAAUAAGAAGGUGGCCAAGGCUUAUGCUGCCCUGGCUGCACUGGAGCGUCUCUUCCCUGAGGGCUCUGUGGCCGAGGCUGCUAAAAAGAAAAAGGGACCACCCAUGCACACUCCAGGUUUUGGAAUGAUGGGAGCCUCUGGAGGUGGAGACGCAGGUCUGCACAGAGGCAGAGGAAGAGGUGGGCGAGGUCGUGGAAGGGGCAGGGGCUUUAAUAACGGAGGAGGCUACGGCCAAGGAGGUGGCUUCGGAACAUAUGGUUACGGGAACAACGCUAACGCCGGAUACAGUUACUAUAACAACGGUGGCACAAACGGAGGAGCUGGGGCAGCCAGCAGCCCAUCGGGUGGCCCUCCAGCCAGCACGCCCCCGGAUACGGCGCCGGGCCCCUACGGUUCGUACUACCAGACCGAAGGAGGCUACGCUGCCACUGCUGCCGCCAAGGCCCCGAAAAAGAAACCCCCCAUGCACAAGGGAGCGAAGGCAGCAUUUCCAGGUCCCCCGGGGACAAACAGUGUAUCUGCAGGGGGCUACCCGUCCAGCAGCCCCCCAGGGCAGGCUCCCUAUAGCCAGUAUAGCCAGGGUUAUGGGCAGGGGAAGAAGAAUUUUAACCAGAACCAGGGUGGAACAGGUGGAUACAUGUACAGCACCGCCUAUCCCAGCCAGGUGACGGGGGGCACUGGAGGGAGCCAAGACUACAGUUAUGAAGGCUUCAACCAGUCCACUUACAGCUCACAGGGAGGAGGAGGAGGAGGCGGAGGAGGCAGCGGCAACAACAACAACAACCCGGGCUUCGGCAACAACCACUCACAGUACCACAACCCAACGGGCUACGGCAGAGGAGACGGAGGCAUGAACUACCAGUACAGAUAGACUUUGCCUCUGUGUGUGAAGCCUUCUCCAAAGAAAGUGAUUGACGGCUUGACUGUGCGCGCUGCCUUUUACAUGUUCUUCGCUUCUGUGCUUUUGAGUUUAUAUGUAGCACACGUGGGCACAAAGUGAGAUGUCAGACCCGGGUCGUGGCUAAGUUUAGUGGUCUGUUUCAGUGGUCUGGUCAGUUCUUAGUCCUGUGGUUUAAGGUUAUUCUAAUUUAGUUUUCUAUUUUUAAAUGUGCUACCAGUCGUCAUCCUCAUCACUCAACAUGAAGACUGAUGUUACAAGUUACUCACCUCCUCUGGUUUGGUUUCUUUUCUCCUGAAGACUUGUGUGAACGAAUAAUCUUUUCUCAUAUGGAAUUAGUAAAAUCUUGUAGUUUGAAACUACGAAGGUUGUUGUAUUUUUUGUAACAAUUCUACUGACCCAAGUUCUGAUGUUUUAUCCUCAUCUCUGCUCAGUGUAGCUUUUUGAUUGGGUGGGAUUUGUUCUUGUUGUAUGUAUAACAGUGUGUAUUAAUAAAUGAUUUUUAUUUUGAA